AUGCCCUUAGUCUUUAUUGUGGUAAAGAAUUUAUCAGUUCCUGCUGCAAGUAUAGACAAGCGCGUCCGGAUGCGGACGAUUACGUCAAUUUGUGCGAAGCGGAAAGUCGCGCCCGCCGUGGAAACCGGCCGCUGGAAUCGCAACAAUGGACGGGAUUUAUUGCAUCGCCGUAACGCAGCAACAAAGGGCGGAACAACCCCCUCCGCCGCCGACCCCCCCCCCCCCCCCCCCAGCGCC